AUGCGUCUCUACCUCCUCCCGAUCACAACGAGUCGGACGCUCCUCUACUCACAACGGCUCAACAUUGCGACGACGAACAAACAAGGCUUGGCAGAUAAGGUCGGCAAGAAAGCAGCGAAGCUGUGGGCAGGUUGGGAGGCAAAAGAAAGCGGAUGGCAGAAGAAGGUUGUCAGCUAUGGAAAUUAUGCCCUUCGUCGUAUUCCUUACGAAGAAUGGGGGCUGAAGUCGGUUCCACCCAUUUCUGCGCGACGCAAGGACGAGGAGCUCCAGGGUAAGGAGCAGAUCGAAUUGGUCUUCCCAGAAAACAUCAUUCCUACAAGGCAGGCCGAGCAAGUCGUCAGGACGCUGGCGACGGAACGGGAUGCGCUCCACAAGAGAAAGCUCAUAUGGUGCUUGAUUGGCAUGCCCAUCUCGGCACCAUUCGCCCUGGUACCCGUGAUACCUAAUCUGCCAUUCUUCUAUCUCGUCUACAGAGCUUGGUCGCAUUGGCGUGCUCUUGAGGGAGGCAAGCACCUCCGAUUCCUCGUUGACAAUAAACUCCUGGCCCUGUCCCCGUCAAAGUUAUUGAAUGACAUUUAUACGCCUUUAAUUCCAGAAAACACGACCAUAACACCUUCGAAACCGGCCCUUGGCAGCACGGAGCCUUUGAAAGGCAAGGGAGACAACGCAAAGGACGAAGCAAUACUGCUUUCGCAAGCCAAUGGCCAACGCAUUGCCAAAGCGCUUGAUGUACCCGAGUUGGGGGUGGAAAUUGAGCGAGCCAUUUGGCAGGUCAACCACGCCAAAAAGGCCAAAGAGGAAGAAGCUUCUACCGAAGCCGCCGAUGAGGCUGCCAAGGAGGCCGCAAAACAGGUCAAUGCCGAUCCCACGACGAAUAAAGAAAAGCGUCCCGACCCGAGCGACGAGAAGAAGUAA